AUGGCUCUCUUCGCUCGUUCCGCACGUCAUGCGUUUCUCGACUCCAGAGCGAUAGUCCAACCGACGAUCCGCCGCGCAGGAAUAACGACAGUAUCGCACAACCUCGACACAUCCAAUACCCCCGAACCUCUCAUCCAGUCCAGCCAUCGCAUAUCAGACGAAGCAAAAGAGCACGCUCAAACACCGCAGCCCCUCCCCAAAGACGCCCCAAGCCCCGCUUCCACAAACGACGUCAAGGCCUCACCACACGCCCGCUCAGACAUCCUCUCGCAAACCCUCACACCCUCCAUCCGCAGUCUCCUCCCUCUCCUCCAAAGCCAGCCAGCACACUACAUCACUGCACAUCUACAUGGCCGCCCAUACCUCCUGACACGCGGCGACACACUUCGCCUCCCCUUUCAAAUGCCAAAUGUACGCCCAGGCGACAUUCUGCGUCUGAACCGCGCUACACACAUCGGAUCGCGGGACUACACAUUAAAAGCCCCGGAAUCCGUCAAGGGAAACGCAGAUCACGGCAAGAAGGUGUACUACCUAGAUGAGCGGUUAUUCACGUGCCGAGCGCGGGUUGUGGGUGUGGAAAGUGAACCAUUGAGGGUGGAGGAGAAGACUAAGAGGAGGAGGAGACAUGUCAAGCAUGUUAAGAGUAAACUGCAUUUCACAGUCUUGAAGAUUAGCGAUUUGGAAGUCAAGAGUUUGGACGAGUAUGAAGCGGCGUUGGGCCAAGAGGGGAAGCAGAGUGUACAAUAG